AAGCUCCAUCAGGUCGCUCACUCUGGGCCGGCCGAUCAAGCCGUUCCAAUGGCGUCCUGCGCCACCGUGCUCUCUCCGCCGGAGGUCCCCAUGGAACUUCACGCCCUUAACCGGGAUAAGCUUGUGCAAGCCAUGCGUGACAACCUCGCUGCCUCCUCUCGCCCCGUCCGCGGGUUCGUGGUACUCCAGGGUGGAGAGGAGCAGACUAGAUACUGCUCGGAUCAUGCGCUGCUUUUCAGGCAAGAGAGCUAUUUUGCUUACUUAUUUGGAGUAAGAGAGCCUGGUUUUUUUGGGGCCAUUGAUGUUGCAUCUGGCAAGUCAAUUUUGUUUGCACCAAGGUUACCGGAUGAUUAUGCCGUUUGGCUGGGUGAGAUAAAACCUCCCUCUGUCUUCAAGGAAAGGUACAUGGUUGACAUGGUGUUCUAUGUGGAUGAGCUGGUACAAGUGCUGCACAGCCAAUCUGAUAAACAAGGAAAGCCCUUGCUUUUUCUCUUGUAUGGACUUAAUACAGACAGCAAUAACUUCUCUAAGCCUGCGGAAAUUGAGGACAUUGAAAAGUUUGACACUGAUCUGAGCACACUACAUCCAAUUCUGACUGAGUGUCGAGUUAUUAAAUCCAAGAUGGAACUUGACAUUAUUCAGUAUGCAAAUGAUGUAAGCUCAGAAGCUCAUAUUGAGGUAAUGAGGCAAGCCAGAGUUGGAAUGAAGGAAUAUCAGUUAGAAAGCAUCUUCCUGCACCAUGUUUAUAUGUACGGUGGUUGCAGACAUUGCUCCUAUACAUGUAUUUGUGCCACUGGUGAAAACAGUGCUGUUCUACAUUAUGGCCAUGCAUCAGCACCUAAUGAUAGGACCCUAGAAGAUGGAGACAUAGCACUGUUUGACAUGGGCGCCGAGUAUCACUUUUAUGGUUCUGAUAUAACAUGCUCAUUCCCGGUUAAUGGCAAAUUUACCAAGGACCAGGCUACCAUCUAUAAUGCAGUCCUUGCAGCACAUAAUGCUGUGAUAGAAUCCAUGCGACCUGGAGUUUGUUGGAUAGACAUGCACGAACUAGCAGAGAAAACAAUCCUUGAAUCACUGAAGAACAGAGGAAUAGUUCUUGGUGAUAUUGACAAGAUGAUGGAAUUGAGACUUGGCGCUAUUUUUAUGCCUCAUGGGCUUGGACAUUUACUUGGAAUUGACACCCAUGAUCCAGGGGGUUAUGCACAGGGUUUGGAGAGACCAAAAGAACCGGGAUUAAAGGCCUUGCGAACAAUAAGAAAACUACAAGAGGGCAUGGUGAUAACAGUAGAACCAGGAUGCUACUUCAUUGAUGCCCUGCUAAUUCCUGCAAUGGAGGAUACAGUUAAAUCCAAGUUUUUAAACCGAGAAGAAAUUGCGAAGUAUAGAAAAUUUGGAGGUGUAAGAAUUGAAAGCGAUGUGCUAGUUACAGCUGAUGGAAGCAGGAACUUCACAAAUUGCCCUCGACAAACCUGGGAGAUCGAAGCUGUAAUGGCCGGUGCGCCAUGGCCAGUCACUCGUAGUAGCAUCAAAAGUUAGCAUUCUAAGGAGCCUAAAACAACAUCAUUGCAUCUAUCUACAAUCUUCCACCUUCAAUCAUCACUCACAUAAAAUGCCAUAAAAAGUUGAAACUGUGACUCUGUGGAUGUGGCUUGUAUUAAUAAAUUAUUCCAACUUAUUCGUGCAAUCUACAUUGUUUUUCUUUAAUGAGAAGAAGUAAAAAAAAAAAAAAAUUAAUCA